ACCACGGUCUUCAAGGAGGUCAAUGGCGUUCCUGGUAACGAGUGUCUGACCUUCCGGAACAAUGGGGAGAUUGUUGAUGCCGCCUGCGUGGACGACUCUGCCGAUCGACAGAUGACUCCAUCCACUUUGAAUGGACAGAAUGUCCUGCUUGUCCAGAGGACGUUCACUGCAGACUUCCGCCCUGACCUGGUCGACAAGCAGGCUUGCGUGGGCUUCAACGGCACCACGUUCCUGGCUGAGGAUUGCGCCUCGACCGACAUUCCAUUUGUCAGCUUUCAGAACGACCAGAUGGUCUCUAGUGAUGGUGCUUGCCAAAGUGGGCACGAUGAUCUUGCGCAGAUCACUGUUGACCCGACUGGGGCAAACUGUGCGACGUUCACAACGACUAAUGUAACGCCA